GUGUGAAUGGAGUGGAAUAGUGUGUAGGAGGGCACACAUCUGAUCUCUGUCCCUCACCUUCAGCGUGGCGACUCAUUGAGGGCAACACUAUGGACAGAGAAGCUCCCGGUGAUGCAGUCCUUGUCCCGCGCUCAGACGCCCCUUUGAAAGAUGUCCCACAGCCCGGCUUCCAGCGAGGAUGAACAGCGGAGCGUUCCCGAGUAUCCAGAGGAGACUGACAGCGAGAGCUCCGGGGAGGGGACCUUACCAGGCGCCUGCCCCAUCAGCGACGCCCCAGUCCCGAAGGCCAGGGACAGGAGCACCGAGCCUGACUUCAGGAUGAUGGUCUUUCGAAUUGGGAUCCCGGACCUUCAGCAAACUAAAUGCCUUCGAUUUAACCCUGAUGCUACGAUUUGGGUUGCCAAGCAACAGGUACUGUGUACGUUAAACGAGAGCUUGAAGGAUGUGCUAAAUUAUGGCUUGUUCCAACCUGCAACUAAUGGACGCGAUGCCAAGUUUCUGAAUGAGGAGAAGCUGCUUCGAGAAUACCCACAGUCCUUUGAGAAGGGAGUGCCUUAUCUGGAGUUUCGUUACAAAACGAGGGUUUACAAACAGACAAACCUGGACGAGAAACAGCUGGGAAAACUACACACUAAGGCCAGUCUAAAGAAGUUUUUCGAAUAUGUCCAACAUGGCUCAGUCGAUAAGAUGCUUAAACUCUUAGAUAAAGGGCUGGAUCCCAACUACCAUGAUGCAGAGACUGGGGAAGUGCCAUUGACUUUGUCCGCGCAGCUGGAGAAUUGUUCAGAUGUGAUCCGCGUGCUGUGCCUGGGAGGGGCGCACAUCGACUUCCGAGCACGGGACGGUAUGACAGCCCUCCACAAGGCCGCCAUAACCAGGAACUACAAUGGAGUCUUGACGUUGCUGGAAUUAGGUGCCUCCCCAAAUUACAAAGAUCGGCGAGCAUUGACACCUUUGUAUCACACGGCUAUCGUUGGAGGAGAUACCAGCUGCUGUGAACUGCUGCUGUACAACCGGGCACAGAUUGGCUUUGCUGAUGAGAAUGGCUGGCAAGAGAUUCACCAGGCUUGCCAUCACGGUCAUGCACAGCAUCUGGAAAUUCUGUUGUUCUAUGGAGCAGAAAUCAACAGCCUGAAUGCGUCGGGGAACACAGCACUACAUCUGUGUGCUCUGUACAACAGGGACAGCUGCACUCGGGUUCUGCUGUACCGUGGAGCUAAUAAAGACAUGAAGAACAACAAUAGACAGACAUCCUUCCAGGUUGCCAUUAUCGCCGGGAACUUUGAACUGGGCGAAUUCAUCAAGAAUCACAAAGACUCAGACGUGGUUCCUUUUAAGGAGAAGCCCACCUACGCCCCACAGCGGAGGGAAGGCCACAACGCGCUCACCCUCCCCCACAUGUUGCAACGCUCCAGCAGUGACAACAACCUCAACAUUCCCGAGUGGCUGUCCUUCCCGACUGGCCAGGCCCCCAGGAAUCCCAACGGCACACUGCGCAGCGUCAGUAAUCCCCGCGGCGGGCGCAGCCGGUCGCCCUCUCGCAGCCGGCAGGCCGAGGAUCCCAAGAAACAGCGAGGACGCCUCAGCUCCGCCGUCCCAAACAAGGAAUACCCAGGGAGCGCGCUGGGCUGGAGGCCGAAACGCAGGCUGUACACUGCCGUGCCAGGCCGAGUCUUUGUGGUGGUGAAGACAUACCAGCCACAGGGAGAGGAUGAAAUCCAACUCAACAAGGGAGAGAAAGUCAAAGUGCUCAGUGUAGGAGAAGGAGGAUUCUGGGAGGGCACUGUCAAAGGUCGGACGGGCUGGUUCCCUGCCGAGAAUGUGGAGGAGAUCCCAAACAAGCCUCAGGACAGCAAGCACGAGAGUCGGAGCGAGAAAGCGAAGAGAUUGUUCCGGCACUACACGGUGGGCUCCUACGACAGCUUUGAUGCCCCAAGUGACUACAUCAUUAAAGAGAAGACAGUCCUGCUGCAGAAAAGAGACAGUGAAGGCUUCGGAUUUGUGCUGCGAGGGGCGAAAGCCCAGACACCGAUUGAGGAGUUCACCCCGACACCAGCCUUUCCUGCUCUUCAGUAUCUGGAGUCAGUGGAUGAAGGAGGAGUGGCAUGGCGGGCAGGUCUACGCAUGGGCGACUUCCUGAUCGAGGUCAAUGGGCAGAAUGUGGUGAAGGUGGGGCAUCGACAGGUGGUCAACAUGAUCCGGCAGGGUGGCAAUAACCUCAUGCUCAAGGUCGUCAUGGUAACCCGCAAUCCCGACAUGGAGGAAGCUUCCAGAAAGAAAGUCACGACGCAGACAAAACGACUCACUCCACCCGCCGUUGCCCUCCGCUCAAAAUCCAUGACCUCUGAACUCGAGGACCUCGCCUCCCCAUGGAACAAGAAGACUGAUUACGAGCCCCAGCAGUCUACAGAGAAGAGGCGGAAAGUUUAUCAAAUGGCAUUAAACAGAUUGGACGAGAUAUUGGCAGCAGCACAGCAGUCCAUUGCGAAUGAGAGUGCUAGCGGCCAGGCUAAUGUACCGAAACCACGCACUGCAGCUCGAACCUUCUACAGCGCUGAGCCACUAUACGACCAACCAGGGAUGACAGCACUCGGACCAUCGGUCAGCUUUGACCGACCCUACCUGGCAGCACAGCCAGGGAUGAUGCGUCAGAAGUCAAUGGGUGCUCCCGAGGAGGAGAAGCAGUUCCUGGUGCCACCUUCCUUCAAGUUUGCCCGCAGCCUGUCUGUGCCAAGCGCCGACGAUAUCCCUCCCCCUCCUACCACCGCUCCCCCCGACCCCCCGUUCAACCUGCCCCAGCCUCGCUCCGGCCCCCCUCCCCCUCCCCUGUCCGCCUCUGCCUCCUCUUCCACCGCCGUCCGCUCAACCUUUAACCCCGCUGGCGCUGCCGAUGCUGCCAAGAUCUACGCCAGCCUGCGGCACGAGUUGGUGGAGACGGCGGCCAAGGGGGAGGCGAAGGAACGGCACAAGAGGGACAAGGCUGGGGUUUACCGCCAAGACUCCGACCAGCUCGCCGGAGGAGGAGGAGGGGGAGGAGGAGGGGGAGGAGGAGGAGUGGGAGGAGGAGGGGGGUCGUCGUCUUCGUCCUCCGCCUCGCAGCCCAACGCCAGGGGCCGGAGGGCACAGGCCACUGAGAGCCGCUACAGUAACCCCACGGCCCGGGUGGUCAACACUGCCAUGUUUGUGCCGGCCAAGCCCGUGCGGAGGAAGGGGCCGCUGGUCAAGCAGUCGAAGGUGGAGGAUGAGCAACAGCAGCAGCAGCAGCAGGAAAAGACCUGCUCCAUCCCCAUCCCCACUAUCAUCAUCAAGGCUCCAUCCACCAGCAGCAGCGGCCGGAGUAGUCAGGGGAGCAGCAUGGAGGCUGAGGCCGGAGGGGAGCCACCUCCCCAACCCCCUCCGGUCCCUGCUCCCCCCCAGGCCCGAGAAAGCCUGGACUUCACCAGCCAGUUCGGGGCGGCCAUUGUGGGGGCCGCGCGCCGCGACCGGGAGCGCUACAUGGAGGCCCGCCGCAAGUCCACGGCUUUCCUGUCCACGGACGUGGUGGAAGAGCAUGGAGAGAUCGUACCCCGUCUUACGCACUCAAAAUCCAUCGACGAGGGAAUGUUCAACAGCGCUGAGGCCUUCAUGAACAUCAUGGUGUCGGCCGGGAGGGGGACACAGGUCUCGGCCUACGCCGACCGCGGCCUGGCCUACGAAGCCCAGGCCUCCAAGAGGCCCACCCCGGCCACCCCUGGCUUCAGCUUUGCCCCGAGGUCCACGGCCUUUGUCCACCCACUGACCGGUAAAUUCCUGGACCCGGACUCGCCACUCGGCCUGGCCCUGGCCGCCCGUGAGCGCUCGCUCAAGGAGCAGCCCCGGGGCCCGGAGCCCGAGACUUCGGCCUCCUCGGUGGCGCUGGGGCCCAAAGCCUGGGCCGGCCAGAGGAAAGAGGCCGGGGGUGCGGCUCGACCCCCUCCGCCCCCUCUCAGGUCCCAGAAGACGGAGGAGGCCGAGCCCAGGUCCUCUCCCCGGUCCGAAGGCGAAGUCCAGGCCGAGUAUCGCGUGCGUUUCGUGGAGAACCCGCCCCUCCCCCCUCCUCCACGCCCGCCUCUCCCGGACCCCCAGGCCCUGCCCCUGACCGUCCUGCCCCCACCAGCCCCCUCCAUCGACACUGAGGAGGAGUUCGUCUUCAGCGACCCUCUGCCCCCGCCCCUCGAGUUCUCCAACAGCUUUGACAGCUCUGAAACCGCCUCCACAGCCGCCGCUGCGCCCCCCGAAGCUGCCAGCCUGCCCACGGUCGACUCGACGGGUUCCAGCCUGACCUCGUACGAUAGUGAGGUGGCUACGCUAACGCAGGCCCCGGCCAGGGAGAACCACCUGGACUGCAGUGCCGAGGGGGUCCCGGGCUCCGGGGGCAGCCGGGCACCUUCGGCCGAGACACUGCUGGACAACGUGGGAGACUCGGGCAUUGAGGAGGUAGACAGCCGCAGCGGGAGUGACCACCACCUGGAGACUAUCAGCAGCGUUUCUACCUUCUCCAGCCUCUCGGGCCUGUCCUCCGAAGGCAACGAGCUGCUCGACACCUACAUCGCCUACCUGGACGGCCACGCCUUUGCCGACAAACCUCCCUUCGCCUCCCGGGUCAGGGGUCGACCCCCCAUGAUGGGGAGGGGGCCAGGCCCCUUGAGGGACCCUGCUUCCACCACCACCACCAGCGCCGUCUCCUCCGUUGCCCCUCACCCUCCCCCUCAGCCGGCAGCCGCGCCCCCCUUCCUGCCCCCCACAGCCCAGCCAGCACCCCCCUCCGAGCCCACCCCCCGCCCUCUGGAGCGCCACAUGCCUCCCGCCCCCUCCAUGUGGGAGGAGCCCACCCACCCCACCCAGGCCUCCAGCAUGGCUUCCAUGAAGGCCAGCAUCAUCAGCGAGCUGAGCUCCAAACUCCAGCAGAUGAGCGGCACAUCCUGGGCUCGUCAGGCCGACUCCGUGGGACCUCCUACAGCCUCCAAGCCUAUGCACCUCCGGCACAGGAUUGCUGAUGAUUCUGUGUUGGGAGCCGUGGCUCAGAAACCCCCGCUCACCAGCACAUUCCAGAACUGGCCCAAGACACCCCAGCACAGCCCGAAGCCCCCGAAGACCGUGGAGUUUGACAUCAAGCCCACCAUGCGGAGAGCGCCCAGCCCUUCCAUGCCACAGGCCGCUGAGCACAGAGCCAACCCAGGCACCCCACGCCCCUCCUCACUGCCCAUCCUGCCCUCGGUGGCACAGCCUGGGCCUCCCAUGGGCUACGACGUGCACAGUGCCCCCACCUCAGUGGGUAACAGCUUCGCCAGCUUCCCCCCCGGUAGCCGGGCCCACUCGCCCACCAGCAGCUUCCAAUCGCCGCCGCCUGUGCCCCCAGACAAGCCCUUCGCUGCCAAGCCGCUGGCCUUCUGGACCAAGUUCGACGUGGCCGACUGGCUCGACUACCUGAACCUGGGUGAGCACAAGGAGCACUUCCUGGACAACGAGAUUGACGGCAGCCAUUUACCCUCGCUUCAGAGGGACGACUAUGUGGACCUUGGUGUGACCCGGGUCGGCCAUCGCAUGAACAUCGAGCGCGCCUUGAAACGGCUUCUCGAGAGAUGAUGAAUUUCUCCAGCAAUUUCUCGUUUUCUUCUGAUUUCCAGCGUCUGCAGUUCUUUGCUAUUUUUGUCUGAAUGGGUAACAUCAGAUUGUCUACACCACACCAUUUUAAAUGCCAGUUAUUGAAGGGGCAAGUAGAAUUCGCCAGAAGCUGUUGGAAAGUAAUGCCCUCUUUCCCCCUUUUUCAAUGCUAUCCUGUGGCAGGGGGAGGGGGGCGCGGUUCAGAGUUCUGACACUUGGAUGGCACCAACUUGAUGUGUAGGUCUGGCCUCACCUCGUGGACGGGGUGUGGUAUCUCUUAGCAGGGUGUUGGUGUGAAUGGGGCAGGGUGAUGAGCUGAUCAUUAGCUGAGGUGCCAUCAAAUGGGACGGCACCAGAUGAGGCUGUUCGGCCCAUCAUUCUUGCGCCUCUCCUCGUCGGAUGUUCCCAGAGCAUGUCCGGGCUUACCUUAGGUGGGGGAACGGACAACAUUUAAUAUCAGGGACAACACAGUGUGGAGCUGGGAGGAACACAGCAGGCCAGGCAGUAUCAGAGGAGCAGGAAAGCUGACGUUUCGAGUUGGGACUCAUCAGAAGAUAUCGUGUCAGCUUGGUUUCCCCUUUUAAAAAGAAAAGCCGUGGUCACAGCUAUCGUAAUGUCCACACGAGUAUCGGAUUGGAAGCUCGGUCAGUUUCUGCAGAAUGAGACACCAGCUUGUGGGAGGGUCAGGUGUGUACCAGCCUAAAACUCAAUGGGUUUAAUUUAUUCCAAGUGGCCCUCAGCAGGCAAUAAAUUGCCUUUGAGGAGAGUCGCUGAUAGUUUGCAGUGUGUGUGACAGAGCCUACCUCUGUGUGUGUGUGUAUUUUGUCCAUGUGUCUCCUACAUGCACUCCGACAACACCACACACACACAUAUCCACCCAUGUGCCAAAACUGUUUGGGGGGGGUGGGUAUUUGCUCUUGGGGUAACCGUGAGAUGACGGUCCGCUUUGGCGCUAGAGAGUGGCUCGGUGGGAGUACCUCUGCGCCAGGAGCCCCACACCUGCUUCCAGCGGGGUGUCAGGACAUCCCUGAACCGAGGGUGAUAGUCUGUGCAGUUCCCUGGACUAUGACUUCCGAGCCUCCUUUCUGGAGUCAGCUGGGCAGAUAGCUGAGUGAGCGGCUGCUGGUCAGUCAGUGCCAGGGUGUCCCGCAGCCCAGCUCCCAGCUGCAUGCAGUGCCAUCCUCGCUCCCGGCGAUUAUUCAACACGCUGCUCUCUGUCUCCGCCUGUCUUGUUGAAAUACUUCGCCCGAUUUCGGACGUGGCGUUGGUUUUGUUCUUUGUGCUGCUCGUGGGGUGGACGCCGGUUUUGCCAGGGGUCAGGGUAUUGCAAACUGAGCUCCCCCUCUUCCCAUCGCAGUGCCAGUGUGUCCCGUGCCAAGACUCUACAGUCAGUCUAACCGUGCCAAAGUCAACAGUGCCAUAGCUGCCCUCUGCCAGUGCCAGUAGAGAGAGACAGAAUGGCGUGGUUCCUGUUCCAAGCUGGACUUAGCUGAUGGCUGCCUGGGCAAAAACCUCAGAUUUUCGCUUCCAGAAAGCUCCCUGCGGGAAUUGAGUCUGGGGCGGCUUUGGAGGGGGAGCAGAAUUUCCCGGUGCGCAUGGCCAUUUGGCCCAUCCUAUCCCCUUGCAAGGUUAGGCCCAGUUCCUUUAUUAAAAGAGAGGGGACCCUCUCUUUGUCAUGUUUCCCGGUGCCAUCCAUCCUUCCUGGGGCAGAUACAAAGCGUUGGUGCCCGUUUACAACCCCCUCCCCCCCCCGCCCCAAGCUCCUUCCUCUCUCGCAGACCGGCCAAGCGAGAGAGGGGGAGGUUCUAUCUCAAUGUACAAGCGCGUGCAAGUCCAGUGCCUCAACCCUUCCCCCCACCCCCUUCCAACAUCACCAGACUGUCUGGGUGGCUUCUAAAUGCACUCAUUGUCUCUCGGUCACAGUUCCAUUCAGAGAAUGGAGGAGAAAGGGUUUUGGUCCCUGAGAGGGACAGAUUGGGGGAAAAGUAUCUACUCCCUUAAUCCCUUUGUCUCUCCUCUCGACAUUCACCCCCUUCCAGUUUUCCCUGCGGGACGGGUUGGCGAGGUGUCACAGCCACAGAGGGAAGUUUGUUCCUUUUUUUUAAUUUUUAAUUCAGUCAAUGGGGGUGGGGUGUGGUCCAAAGGGAAAACAAAAUAAAACAACACACACACACAGAUCUAAGGACGCCCACGGUUCCAUGAGAGCUCAGUCCUACUGAGAGAUGGCUGGAACAGAGGCUGGGAGCUGCUUGCACUCUGCACAGGUCCCUUUAGAUGUGUCAAGGCAAUUGAAAACUGCGUGUUUCAAAUAUAAAAAAAUAUAAAGGGCUCGAGAGUGUGAAUGUACCUUAUACAGGAAUGUAGAGAAUCUCAACGAAGUCUAAAGAUAAAUUGAAAUAUUGUCUGAUAAAGAAUAUUAAUAACCUCUGUUACCAUUUUCCAUGUACUAAAACUACUAGUGUAAAAGAGGUGUUUUCUGCUGCUUAUCUCAGUAUACCAGCUGAAGAAUAAGUAAUCUGAUUUUAUUGCAUAUCAUGUAAAGUGUACAUAAACAGGGAGAACAUUCCGGGAAUGCAUUGUGUACAGGAAAUAAACAAUCAUA